GUGGGAUGAUAAAUGGGAUUUCCAGAGGAGGGAAAAAUCCUGAUUUGAAUUUGCCAAUUCCCACAAAGAUACCAGUUGGUUUAACAAUUGGCUCACAAAAUUCUUGAAUAUGCAAAAAUCAGCUCUUGCUCACUGUUCAUUAGAUCACUGUCCCCAUCAGAGGCUAUCAACAAGCCCAAGCCCCCAGACCCUGGCUGCACACCUCCCUGAGCCCAGCACUCUCACUUUCCUGACUUUAUUUACAAAAUAACUGGACAGCUAGGGGCCUGAAAGAACCAUCCAGCUAUCCAAGCUCCUUGUGCUUCAGAUCCCAGAGUAGGGUGGGCUGGUCGUGACACUGAGGUUAUGGAUGUGAAAUGACUUCGCCAAAGUGAACACCAAAUCCAGUCAAGUGAAGUGCCACACACCCCCAGUGACCACCUACUUCUAGUUCAGAACGAUGGGGAGAUCUGACAUUGGCAUCCACCCCAGUGGUUUGAAGAGCCAUACUGUGGGACCUCUAGCAGUCCAAAUUCACCAGCUGACAAGCCACCCUGCCUCCUCCUUCCCUUGGUUCCAUGCUGGCCUCCUCAUUCAUUCUUACUUCCAGAGGACCAGGUGUGUGGGGAGAUGACAGAUACCAGGGAGCCAGGAGGCCAGUAGGUCAGGUCCCUGGGCCACAGAACAACACCCAUUGCAAGAGCUGGGAGUCCAUCCACAGAAGUCCACCUGCAGAAAGGGUUUCCUGGUCUUGUGGGUGGUGGGGACAUUUCUCUGGGUACAGACUGUUUUUACUAUAUGAUUUCAGAGACUCAUCUACCCUUGACCUUCCCAGUGACUUCAUUUCCCCCUCUUCUGGGCUCCUGGAAUGGCAUGGUGGCCCCACCUUAGCCUGGCAGCUGUGGAAGAGGUGUUGACCCAGCUUCCUCUCUGCUGGCUCACUGUGUCAGGUGGAGGGGGUUGAGAUAGUAGCAGGGACUGAGGGUCUUUUGGCAUGUUUGGGAACCUUGGGACUGUCCAGAGGCCAGAUUGGGGUCAGGGUUCCUUGGGAUUCAGCCAGGUACUAGGUGAUGAAUGGUACAGGGAGCCAGUGAGGAACAACAGGUGAUAGGCCAGGAAAAACAGCCCAGAGCCAUAUGUAUGCCACUGGUUCUUGCCCCUCUCCUGUCUUAAUCUGUCUUGUUUGGUGAGAGUGCUCAGCCAGGCCUAGAGCUAAGCAGAGAGCACCUGCUGAGCCCAAAGUUUCUGUGGGGGCUGGAGACAGUCACACAGGCCUGUGUGAGCCUUACAGGCUGGUUCAUCACAGGAGACAGACUAGUGAACAAACCACACAGCACAGUGCAACACACACUCAGCUGGGAGGAGGUACAUAUGUGAGGGGCAGGGGAGAAUGCUCCAUGGAGGUGGCGUUACCUGAAUGGGGUCAUAAGAGCCGUCCCCUCCAACAGCCCUAAUUUCCCUGCACAGGCCCAAGUUAGGCUCCAGCCCUAGGACUCACAGAUCCACCUUCUGGGCAUCCAUGGGGUGGCCUGGGGUGGCCCCGUGCCCCCCAGCAGGAGGUCCCAGAGUCAACCUCCUCCAGCCAAAGCCUUCUGGAAUCUCACCUCUGGCUUCACCAACAUGGCAGACAUUUCUCCCUCUCAGAGCAAAGAGAAUGAAAUUCCCUGUCUGCUCUUUUUAUAAGUGAUCAGGUGUGUGUGUGUCUAGGGGGCUGGUGGCUGCAGUCCUGGGGAAGGGGCUCUUAGGAGGUUCCUGGAAGGUGAGAGGGGCCAUCAGGAGGAGCCAAUACAUGGGGGUGCCUAGAGCUGGAGCUGGAGCUGGAUCCUGGCUCCUGGCUUCUGACCUCUGGCUUCCAGCUUGCAGCUUUCAGCGCUCACUCCCAUGGUUCAAGAUCUGUACCAGCCCACUCCAGGGACUUAAUGAGGGCACAAGGGCUGAGGCUUAGCCUGGAAAAGGGCUGACCCAAAGUGUGAUCAAUGAGGGAAAACUACUGUAGCAAGUGAGCGCAUGGAAAAUGCUGUGUGUGUGUGUGUGUGUGUGUUGUCAUUUAAUAACUCUUUCUGUGCAUCUUGAUUCUGGGACCCUUCUCUGUGUCCCUCUCUGGGAAUCUUAUGGGAUUCUAUAUUUGGUUCAGAAGGUAUGCGAAACACCUACCCCAUGCCUCACACAUAGUAGGAGUGUAAUAAUGUAAGCUCCUUUCCUUUAACUGCUCAAAGUGGUCACUUGGGGCUGAGGGCAAAGGGCUUCCCAAGUCUAGAGAUUGAUCGGCUUCUGGUCCCUGCCUCCCCCUUCCUUCCACAGAUGAUGACAAAUACCUGGAUGUCAUAACAUCCUCUGUGUCCUCCUGUGUUAUUCUGGGCAGUCUGGGAGGAUACCUCAGUGGCCCCCCUCUAACAGAGGCUGGCCUUUCUUGCCACGUGGGCUGGCCUCUGCCAGUCUCAUGGAUGGAUACAGAAGGGUGAGGCACUGAUCCUGCUAGUUGGGCAGGAUGCUGGCAAGAGGGCAGGACAAGCAAGGGCGGAGCUUCCAGAACAAAGAAUGGGGAGCCCUGGGGGCCCAGGCUAGGCAUCAAAAAGGCUCUGCAGAGUGAGCAGGCUACAGCAUUUGCCUCUGUGCCCAGCAGUCUGUCAGACAACCCUAGCCUGAUCCCUUCUGCUUGCCCCAGGCCGGGCACCUAAGCGACACUCUGUUUAAAGAGGCCUUGUUCUCCAGCGUGAUUGCGCCGGUGCUGCUCUGCAGUUUUCUCUACUUGGUGUGGGCCGCUGCUGCAGUUCCACAGGAGAGCAGAGGAAUGGCUGGGAGCCGAGCCAGGAGCCAGGAGGGCCGCCGGGAGCGCACCUUCACCCCGGAGCCUUUUGAUGGAGCCAGUGUAGCCCCCCACCUCUGGUUGCACCGCUUUGAGGUCAUCAGUGACCUCAACCAUUGGGACCAAGUCACCCAGCUAAGGUUCUUGAAAGAGUCCCUCAGGGGAGAUGCUCUGAAGGUCUAUGAUGGACUCAGUCCCAAGGACCAAGGGGACUAUAGUGUGGUGAAAGAGAUCCUGCUGAAGACCUUCGGGGGACCCAGGGCUGCCCACAGUCACCUGCCCAAGGAGAUCUUCUUUGCCAACAGCAUGGGUAAGGGCUACUACCUCAAGGGAAAAAUUGGCAAAGUGUCUGUGAGGUUCCUGGUGGACUCUGGGGCCCAGGUGUCUGUGGUCCACCCUAGUCUGUGGGAGGAGGUCACUGAUGGUGACUUGGACACCCUUCGGCCCUUUGAGAAUGUGGUAAAAGUGGCCAAUGGUGCAGAAAUGAAGAUCCUGGGCGUCUGGGAUACCGCGGUGUCACUGGGCAAAAUGAAGCUCAAGGCACAUUUCCUAGUGGCCAAUGCCAGUGCUGAGGAAGCCAUCAUUGGCACCGACGUGCUCCAGGACCACAACGCUGUCCUGGACUUUGAGCAUCGCACGUGCACCCUAAAAGGGAAGAAGUUCCGCCUUCUGCCUGUUGGAGGGUCCCUGGAAGAUGAGUUUGACCUGGAGCUCAUAGAGGAAGAACCCUCAGAGGAGGGGCAGCAGCAGCUCUCCUGUUAAAAAGCCCCCAUUUCCUUACCCCCUAACACUGGAAGAAGACCCACCAUGGUGGAGGAGAAGGGCAGGUCCUAGGGGGUCAGGGGGCUUGGCCAACCCAAACCAACUCUUUUCCUCCUCCACUCCUCCUCCCCCUCUUCCUCCUCUUCCCUCCUCUGCAGGGAGCUUAGUCUGCCCAUGUUGGGGAGGCUUCAUUUGAAAAGGCACAGGUGAGAGAGAACAGGCUUACUAUCUGAGGGAGAGAGGGUCCUUAUGCUCUCCAGGCUGCUAUUGGUGAUAAAGACUCAAAGGCUGGAAGAAGGGUCCAUGAAGGCUAGAAAUGAUCACCUUUGAGAGAGGACUAGGGGACGAUUCAGAUCUCCUGAGACAUGGUGAAUCACCUUGGUAUCUGUGAAGCCUGAACCAGCCAGGCUGGCUUCUGGCUGCAGGGUCCUCACAGGUCUUGCCAGUGAGGGUCACAGCUGCUCAGAUAUUCUUCCCUGUUGGGUCUUCCCACCUGUGCAAUGUAUAUUUCCUUCUGUCAUUUGCUUUGAAACCCAUGGAGCCUUGUGUCAAUAAUUCAUUACUUCCAAAGCCAAUAAAGAUUGACUCAUGGAAAACCA